CCGAAUUAGUUCUCUACUGUCAGCGGUUCGGUCGGUUCAAAAAAAGAAAAAGUAAAGAAAUUUGUAUUACAGAAAAAUUUCGAGGAAAAUUUUUCUGUCUGUACUUAUUUAGAAAAAAUUUUCUUUAAAAUUGGUUCUAGCAAUUUUUCUUUACUACUUUGUUAAAAAAAUUUUGUUUUUACAAAAGCAGUAAUAAAAUAAAAUAAUUUCCAACAAAAGAAAUUAAAUUUUUAAUUUCUAGAAAAAAUUGUAAAUAUUUUUUCAAUAAUUUUAAUAAAAAGUGCGUAUCGAAUUUUUUCGCAUAGUGAUAUAAAAUUAUUUUUGGGAUUAUUUAGUAAAAGGAAAUUUUAUAAAAGUAAUUCUAUCAGGAUGGUUUACGUAACAGUACAUGAUGAAAAAGGAAAAACGAUGAGCCAAGUUCCACAAAUGAAGGCUGGUGAAGCUGAAAAUCAUUUGGAACAUAUGUGCCGUUUGGAUUUCGAUUCAGCGGUACCACAUGUUCGAUUAUCUGGCAUCAUUUGCACAAUUGGACCGGCAUCUGUUGAUGUUAAUAUGCUUGAAAAAAUGAUGGCGACAGGCAUGAAUAUUGCCCGUUUGAAUUUUUCACAUGGUUCUUAUGAAUAUCAUGGAAAUACCAUCAAAAAUAUUCGUGAAGCAGUAAAGAACUAUUCAGCAAAAUUGGGUAUUCAAUAUCCAUUAGCAAUUGCAUUGGAUACAAAAGGCCCUGAAAUUCGUACUGGUCUUAUCGACGGCAGUGGAUCAGCUGAAAUUGAAUUGAAAAAGGGGGAUACCAUUAAAUUGUCAACAAAUAAAGAUUAUCUAGAAAAGGGAAACAAAGAUUUAGUUUACGUUGAUUAUGUCAAUAUUGUUAAUGUAGUCAAGCCUGGAAAUCGUGUUUUCGUUGAUGAUGGUUUAAUAUCUUUGAUUGUCAAGGAAGUUCAAGGUGAUACACUUACAUGCACAAUUGAAAAUGGUGGAAUGUUGGGUUCUCGUAAAGGUGUUAAUUUACCUGGUGUUCCAGUUGAUUUGCCAGCUGUUUCAGAAAAAGAUAAAAGUGACUUGAAAUUUGGUGUUGAACAAGGAGUUGAUAUGAUUUUUGCUUCAUUUAUUCGAAAUGCUCAAGCUUUGCAUGAAAUUCGACAAGUUUUGGGUGAUGCUGGUAAAAAUAUCAAAGUAAUUUCAAAAGUUGAAAAUCAACAAGGUAUGCACAAUUUGGAUGAAAUUAUUGCUGCAUCUGAUGGUGUUAUGGUAGCACGUGGAGACUUGGGUAUCGAAAUUCCACCAGAAAAAGUAUUUUUGGCCCAAAAGGCAAUAAUUUCACGCUGCAAUAAAGCUGGAAAGCCUGUUAUUUGUGCAACACAAAUGUUAGAAUCUAUGAUCAAAAAACCUAGACCAACACGUGCAGAAAUCUCUGAUGUAGCCAAUGCUAUUCUCGAUGGAGCAGAUUGUGUUAUGUUGUCCGGUGAAACUGCAAAAGGAGAAUAUCCAUUGGAGUGUGUAUUAACAAUGGCUAAAACAUGCAAAGAAGCUGAAGCAGCAUUGUGGCACAAGAGUUUAUUCAAUGACUUAGUUUCUCUAAACCCACCUUCAUUAGAUGCAACCCAUUCUGUUGCAAUUGCAGCAGUUGAAGCUGCAACAAAAAGUCAAUCUGCUGCUAUUGUUGUUAUUACAACAAGUGGUCAUUCAGCACAUUUAGUUUCAAAAUAUAGGCCACGUUGUCCAAUAAUCGCUGUAACCCGUUAUCCUCAAACAGCAAGACAAGCUCAUUUAUAUAGAGGCAUUGUUCCAGUCAUCUAUACUGAGGGUCCAUUGUCUGACUGGCUCAAGGAUGUUGAUGCUCGUGUUAAGUAUGGUUUACAAAUAGGCAAAAACAAUGGAUUUAUCAAUACAGGAGACAAUGUUGUCGUAGUAACUGGAUGGAAACAAGGAUCUGGAUUUACCAACACAAUGAGAAUUCUUGCCGUGGAAUAAAUUGUUCUUUAACAGAAGGAAUUUUAUUUUAAAUGAGGUUUCUUAAGAUCCAAUCCCAGUUAAAACAAAAAAUCUACAAUGUUUGAAUAUUUCUAAAAGCAGUGUUUAUUUUCUCUUUUUAGUUUAGUAUUUAUAUAUGUAAAUGUAAAAUUUUUUUGAACAAAUUCACAAUGUAUUAAUGUAAAUAAUUGAUUUUGAAAUAAUACAAUUUUUUAUUGAUUAUUAUUUGUAUCUUUGUGAGAUAAAAGAAAAAAUCUCUAUUAUUUAUAAAAAAAAAAUUAUAUAUUGCAGCAAAUGUAAAACAAAUAAGAAAUUGUAUUUUCAAUAAAAUAAAACAAAACCAUGAAACUACUAAAUAUCAAUAACAUAUUGUUAGAAGAUUACAUUAUUUAAUUGUUAAUGUUUAAAUAAAAGGAAAAAAUUUAAAUUUUAUUGAUAUUAGAUAUACGAAUAAGAAGAAAACCAGAAAAAUGUAUUGUAAAUUUUGAAAAAAAUACAACUAAA